AAAUGUCUGUCAAAGCAAACCCGACCAAAACAUUUCUAGUUUUUUUCUAGCAAAAUUAUAUAGAGAACUACCAAAUCCCAUUUAACCACUUCUAUUUAAAAUAAACACUUGACUAGGCUUGUCUUAAAAGCUUCCAUUCAUAACAGACUUGGCUAGGCGCACCUUCAUUCAAAUUGACUUACCUUAAAAAAAUAAACUCAGCUCGUCUGCUCGUGUAUUGUAUAGUUAGAGCUGAAUUUUAUUUUAUGCCUGUGCUGGCUGUUGAUGCUGCAUUCCGAUGUUGUUUACGAAAUCACCACCAACAGUAGCACGAGCACCAUCGAAGACCGAACAAGAAGAAAUACCGAUACCAAGAAAUAAAUUGGCAGCAGAAAAGAAGAAAAAACAACAACGAACAAAACAAUAAAGAAAGUAGGUCGUUAUUCAUCGUUGUCGUUGUUCGUUUCGGUGUGAUUGUGCUAUUCAUUCGCUCAGUAGAAGAGUUUCACUUCACUUUUUCCUUUUCGAUUUCAACGAAGACAGUCGUGUUUUUUUGGUUGUUUUAUUUUUUUGCGCUUCUCUCAAAUAGUUUGUGUUUGCAAAACAUCGUGAUCCUUUAGUGGUUCCCAUUUCCCUAAUCCAAUCCCACACGUAAACAAAAAGUGCCUCUUCUUCUCUAAGACACAACUACUUCCCUUUAAAACCAUGUUAAGUAAGCAUCUUAUGCAACAAGUGAUGAGGUAUCGCUUCUCCUCAGCAAUAGCUCAACUUCCUGUGACUUUCACCCAAACCCGAUUGCUUGGUGUGUCGCCAAGGUGCGAUGAGAAGUUUGCCACCAAGCAAGUGCCGAAGCACGAUUGGAAUCGUGCUGUUAGUGAGGCCGAACGUAUUGUUGGGUAUCCAACAUCGUUCCUCAGCCUUCGGUGGCUUCUGAGCGAUGAAAUUGCCAAUGUGGCCUUGCAUCUGCGGAAGCUGGUGGGGAGCAAUCAUCCAUUGCUCAAGACAGCCAAGCAUUUACUUUAUAAUGGAAAGAAUACAAUGCAAGCAUGGGGAUUGAUUGUCUUGCUAAUAUCUAAAGCUGCAGGUCAUGCACCAUCUAUUCCAGAUAUGGAACAAGAUAAAAGUGCAGGAGUACUUCAUUCGCAGAGAGCAUUGGCUGAGAUUACCGAAAUGAUUCGGAUUUCACAUUUGGUUCAUAAUAGUUUGGUUAACCUGCAACGCUCUACUGAGGCCGGCAAGGACGUAGCCAACUAUGAGGACAUGACAUUUGGAAAUAAAAUUGGUCUCCUUACUGGCGAUUACCUCCUAGCGCAUUCUUGUGCUGAAUUAGCAAAUCUUCGAAAUCAAGAAAUUUGUGAACUCAUCUCAUCAGCCGUCCGAGAUUUCAGUGAGUCUGAAUUCAUCGGCGAUCGCGAUGAACAAAAUAAUCCACUUCCAUCGAAACCGGGUACCGUCUAUCCACGCAAUGCAGUACAAACAAAACCAUUUGUUAGUGAUUUCACCGAAACCGAUGCACUAAUACCCAUCGAUGUGCAAUCUACUUUUGGUGAUCCCGAAAAAGAAUGGGAAGUUCGUCAUAUUUUAAAUGCGGGCAGUUUAUUGGGUAAAAGUUGUCAAGGAUCCUUAAAGUUAGCCGGUCAAAAUGAAGAAAUGCAAAAACUUGGCUAUUUAUUUGGUAAACAUUUGUCCUUGGCCUGGCAGGCUUGUCUAGAUGCUGAACCUUUCCACAGCAACACAUUACCAUCCGAUGCUACAUUCAGUUUGAUCGGUGCUCCAGUUUUAUUCCACCUCAAACACGAUCCGUCGUUGUAUGAAGAAAUUGAAAAAGGCAUGGUUUCAGUUGACAAUAUUAACUACCAAAAGCUACACAAAAUCAUCUUGGAAGGCCCGGGAUUGGAGAAAACAAAAGAACUCCAGCACAAGCACACCACAGCAGCGAUGCAUGUUCUGGAAAGAUUUCCUCCAUCAGAUGCCCGAACGGCACUAGAGAAUAUUAUAUUAGCAAUGCAGGAUAUGUAGUGUUAUAUUAGUUGUUAGAUUUUGGGGAAUUUUCUGUUUUCAAAUUUUGUUUAGAAAAAAAGACACUGUUGGGAUUGUUUGAGGUUCUUUUAUAUAUUUUUUUGUUUACUUCAUUUCUAUUUAUGUAUACAUUUGUGCACUCACAUAAACCCUUUUUUAUACAAACAAGUCAUUUUUUUGUAGUAAAUAUAUAAUAUGUAUAUAUUUUAAAAUAAACUGUAUAUGAUUCUUUUAAA